GGAUCAGAACUCGGCAAACCUCAGUCAACAACAUGCAUGUGUCUCACAACCAGAAGAUUUGUGUCAUUUGAAAAGACUUAGGGAGGAGGAAAAGGACUCAGGGGAAUACAAGACCUCAGUCAGCUGACAGAAACAACAGUAACCCAGUGCUUCGACAUGGCCAGCACCCAGACCAGUUUGAAAACCCCUUUCAAAGACUUGACCUCAUUCAAGGGCAACAUGAAACGGCUCUACCGAGAGCGGCUGGAGGACGCACCCAUCAAGAAGCGAGUCAUGGCGGAGAUCAACCUGAAGCGUCGCAGCACAGACUCCCUCCCCAAGACCCCCAAAGUGAAGAGGGAGCAGCCCGAGGAUCUGAGCCACGACCCGGACAUGGACUUCGCGGGCCAGGCUGAGUUGCAUGUGGCGGGCUCUGCUAAAGCCCUGGACCUGAGCCCGGGGCUCAAGCACACACUCGCCCAGUUCACCCUCAGCAGCCAAAGCUCCCUCGGGGGCCCAGCUGCCUUCUCAGCCCGUACCGGCCACGAGCAUUCCCAAGCCGGUAUGCCCCCCCUGCCCUCCCCUCCUGUCCUGGGAGGGGGCCCUCUGCUGGUUCCCUGUGACAGCUCCACCGAACUCACCCACUCGCUGCUGGAAGGGGAGUCCAUCUCCUGCUUCGUGGUCGGGGGAGAGAAGCGGCUCUGCCUGCCCCAGGUGCUCAACUCGGUGCUCCGCGACUUCUCGCUGCAGCAGAUCAACACCGUGUGCGACGAGCUCUACGUCUACUGCUCACGCUGCGACGCUGAGCAGCUGCACAUCCUUAAAGUGUUGGGCAUUCUGCCGUUCAACGCACCUUCCUGUGGCCUCAUUACACUGACGGAUGCACAACGGUUGUGCAACGCCUUGCUGCGCCCUGGAGCGGCGUUGCCUGCCGACCCCAGCGGUAAGCUGUCGGCCCAGGGCCUGCUGAAGGAGAGUGAAGCCAGCUUCCAGGUGGAGCACCAGUGUCUGGGGAAGUGCCAGGGCCUCUUUGUGCCCCAGUUCUACACCCAGCCCGAGGCGCCCUGCAUCCAGUGUGUCGAGUGCCAGUUGCUCUUUUCCCCGCAGAAGUUUGUCAUGCACUCGCACAAGUCCCCAGAUAAGAGGACCUGCCACUGGGGCUUUGAUUCAGCCAAGUGGCCCUGCUACCUACAGCUGGCCAGGAAGUACGAGGGAACGCCCGAGGAACCCCGGCUCCAGCAGCUGCUUGACGAGGUCAAAGAGAAGUUCCACUACCAGCUCAAGAGGUCAAUAGACAAAAAGGCUGUGGAGGAGGAGGAGAGCCAGGUGAGGAAAUCCUCAGCAGACCUGUGCUCACCCAGUGGCAAGAUGGCCAAUGCCUACCCUGCGAGAAAGGGAAAAACAUCUCCACCUGCUUUGGUCUUCAACAGUCUUUUCUCGGAUAUUAAGGAGGAGCCAGAACACCCCAUCCCGGUCCAUCCCAGUUACUACCUGUACACGUACGAUAAGAUGGUGGCUCCCAACGUGUCCAUGCAGCGGGAGGCGGAGAUGAGCCAGGAGAUGCUCGGAGCGCUGCUGAAACACCACUACAGCCGCCGAGCGCUGGGCCACGACGAGCCGCCCAUGGAUCUUCACGCGUCGCCCCCUGUCGCUGCUGGCGCCGAGGAGGCCAAAUCCCAACAUGCCGCUGCUGCCUCGGCCACCGAGCGGGAAUGCCAAGCCCCGGCAGUUUCCAUGGAGACAAGCAGCCCGAGCUGCAAGAAAGCCUCCCACACCCCCGCCCACACCCCUCCUCCUCAUCCUCCUCCUCCACCUCCUCCUCCUGCGUCGUUGUUGACGCCGGUAUCGGAAGUAGUGGCUAAAGACACUAGCUCUGCCCCAAGCGGCGCUGCAGUGGUGGUGGGGGGGCUGGAGGACGACAAGGACAGGAUUGUUGUGGAGAUCAUGCAGAUGUACAGCAGGCAGCAGGACAAGCUGAACUCCACCCUGCACAAGCAGCUGCAGCUGGAAUUGGAGCUGGAGGCGGUACGCGGGGGCGAGGCAGCGAGGUUACGGGAGCUGAGCGCCGAGCAGCGGGAGCUCCGCAGCGAGCUGGAGGCGGUGCACAGCGAGCAGGCGCGGCAGCUCAACCAGGCCCGCCAGGAGCAGCUGGAGCUGGAGACCCGUCUGGAGCAGCUCCGACAGCAGGCCUGCGCCUGCGAAAUGGGGGUGCAGCGCCAACAAGAGGCCCACUACACCGCACAGUUGUCGGAGCUCCGUCAGCGGCUGGAGCGGGCGGAGGCCGAUCGCCAGGAGCUGCAGGAGGAGCUGCGCCGGGAGCGGGAGGCUCGGGAGAAGCUGGAGCGCACCAUCGCCCAACUCCGGCAGCAGAUGGCCCGGUCUGGCACUGUGGGAGGCAGCCCCUCUCCUCCUCUCACCCCUUCCACCGGACCCCCUAGCGCCCACUCCCCGCCCUCCUCCUCCUCUCCUCCCUCCAUCUCGGAGGCCCCAGCGUCUGGCCAAAAGUAACUGCCACCCCUCCGGGCGCCUCCUUCCCUCCCUCAUUCCUCUCCGCCAUCACCCACCAACUCUACAGACACAAACAAAUCAGCCUGAAGCCGAACGGAGCUUCACAUCUCCUCGGGCUGGUUUUUGAAGUUGUGCAUCUCAUUCUCCUCCCUUUAUUAUUUCAGUGUAGGACUGACUUUUGUUUUUGUAAUUUAACAUCACUUAAAAGAAAAGUUUUAUGGUGUGUUUUUUUUUUUUUAUUACUCUUUCUUUUGCUUCCUCUCUUCUCUUAAAACAGUAUUUAAAGAUUUUUGGGCAUGUAUGAUUUAAUUUAUAGUUUUUACUGAACAAACCGCUGCUUCACAGACAGGAGUCGGGUCGAGUGGAGACCGACUCAACCAUCACUAUAUUUUUUCCAUCCUCACCUUGUCACCCUCCUCAUCCCUUCCCCUCUCGCUUGCUCUGGAUUCAGGAGCCAAUGACUUUGAGACUUCAGCUCAGACACGGAUGCUUGGCUCAGCUCCCCACGGACGUGUCACCUCACUGAUACUACCUGGCACAGCAGCCGGUGCCCACGGACACAAAAUGGCGCCUGGACGUGUGCCUCCUCCGUGUUUCUGUACCUUCAGCCCAGAUGCUCAAGUACCAGCGAAUGCAGGAAACUGCACGGACAUUUCAAAAAAACGUGUUUUUUUUGGGGGUCCUUAAAAAAAACAAAGAAAGAAAAAUAUAACGUGUUAAAAAUAUCAAAUCUAUAUGGAGGAGAAAAACCUUUACUGUACACAAAAAGACAUUAAGCAGAUGUUGUAAUAAAAAUAUGCCAGUAGUGACACUGAA